AUGGCGCUAUCACUCAAAAUCAACAUUGUUGAAGGCAAUGUCACAAAAACUAUCGUCUUCGAUCCUACGACCACUGUACAUGAUGCCUGUCGAAUCAUCAGAGAAAAAUGCUCGGAAGCCAGUGGAGAAAAUACAGAUUAUGGUCUCUUUCUCACCGACGAGGACAACAAAACAGGGGUGUGGCUAGAGCCGGCGAGGAACUUGGAAUACUACAUCCUGAGGAACGGCGACACCAUCGAGUACAGGAAGAAGCUCAGACAGCUGCGGGUGAAGAUGCUGGACGGCGCCAUCAAGACGAUGAUGGUCGACGAUUCGCAGAUCAUAGCCAACCUGAUGGUGGUGAUCUGCACGAAACUGGGCAUCACGAACCACGACGAAUACUCCUUGGUACUAGAGGAUAUCGAGAACCAAGAAAACAUCGAGAACCGAAACUACGGCACGCUCACCCUGAAACGAAAGAAGGAAGAACGCGAGCGCGACUUCAAGAUGGAGCAGCUGCGCAAGAAACUCCACACCGACGACGAGGUGAACUGGCUGGACCCAUCAAAGACCCUCCGUGAGCAGGGCAUCGACGAAACCCAAACCGUCCUGCUCAGACGCAAGUUCUUCUACUCGGAUCAGAACAUAGAUUCGAGGGACCCGGUGCAGCUGAACCUGCUGUACGUUCAGGCCAGAGACGCCAUUUUGAAUUGUACGCACCCGAUCACGCAGGAGAAGGCGUGUGAGUUUGCGGGGAUCCAGUGCCAGAUCCAGUUCGGGGACCACGUGGAUACUAAGCACAAGCCCGGAUUCUUAGAUCUGAAGGAGUUCUUGCCCCAAUCCUACACGAAAAUCAAGGGCAUAGAGAAGAAGAUCUUCUCCGAGCACAAGAAGCACCAAGGUCUGAGCGAGCUGGACGCCAAAGUGAAGUACACGAAAAGCGCUCGCUCUCUGAGCACCUACGGCGUGUCCUUCUUUCUCGUCAAGGAGAAGAUGAAGGGCAAGAACAAGCUGACGCCCAGGUUGCUCGGUGUCACGAAAGAAUCCGUGCUGAGGUUGGAUGAAAAGACGAAGGAAAUUAUGCAGACAUGGCCUCUCACACAGGUGAGAAGAUGGGGCGCCAGUCCGAACACCUUCACUCUGGACUUCGGCGACUACGCCACCCAGUACUAUUCGGUGCAGACCACCGAGGCCGAGCAGAUCAGACAGAUCAUCGCCGGGUACAUCGACAUCAUCACGAAGAAGAAGCAGUCGAAGGACCAUUUCGGGAUCGAGGGAGACGAGGGGUCCACGAUGUUCGAGGAAAGCGUCGCUCCCCACAAGGCUACUAUUUUACAGCACGAAUCCAACAAAAUUGGCAGAAUGAGCACUGACUCCUUGUCAAAACCAGUAGUGAUGAGAGUAGCUGACGGUGAAAAACCGUUCAGUAUGGGUAUAAUGAGUGGUCCCCAACAAACCACUGUUAGUGGUGCUGUACAUUUGGGCCAUGCCCCACCAACGUCGACCACCGUUCAGCAAACGAAAAUCACCACAGUCCUCACCGAGCCCCAGCGUGCCUUGAUAUCGACGAUAUCGGCCACCCAAACGCGAAUAAAAGAAUCCGAAAUCGAGCUGGAAGGAAAAGCGCACAUUCCCGAACUGGGCACGGAUCCGGGCUCGAUGAAAUGGAAACAAGUGACUUUGGACACGCGCAAACAGAACGUCGGCUCGCAAAUCGCUGCCAUGAAUGCGGCGACAGCCCAAGUUGUCACUCUAACAUCAGGACCACAAGAUGAGGUUGAUCAUAGUGCUGUGGGUGCUGCCAUCACCACGAUUGGCAGUAACCUUCCCGAGAUGACAAAAGACGUCAGAAUGAUAGCCGCCCUCAUGGAUGAUGGUAGCAUGGGUGAGAAAUUGCUGGACGCUACCAGGAAACUGUGCACUGCUUUCAGUGACUUGUUGAAGGCUGCCGAACCAGAAUCCAAAGAGCCCAGGCAGAGCCUGCUGAACGCGGCGUCCCGCGUAGGCGAGGCUAGCACCGAGGUCCUGGCGAGCAUCGGCGAAGACACCGUCGAGAACAAGGAGCUGCAGGACCUGCUCUUGUCGCUGGCCAAGGCGGUGGCCAACACCACGGCCGCCCUCGUGCUCAGAGCGAAGAACGUCGCGUCGACUUGCGAGGACCAGCAGACUCAAAACAGGGUGAUUGGCGCGGCCACACAGUGCGCGCUGGCAACCUCGCAGCUGGUGGCCUGCGCCCGCGUGGUGGCGCCCACGCUGCAUUCGGCUGCGUGCCAGGAACAGCUGACGACCGCCAUCAGAGAGGUGGCCAAAGCAGUCGAGAACUUGGUGUUGGUGUGUAAUGAAACCUGCACCAACGAAGAUCUCAACAAUCAACUCAAAAAUGCUGCUUCAGACGUGACAAGAACACUCAACGACUUGCUGAACCACAUGAAACUAGCAUCCCGCGAACGCGCGAGAGAAACCGUCCAAGAGCACAGCGUCGAGGAGAUCUACACGGCCACCGACAAGCUGUCGGCCGCCUCUGGCGAUGCCAACGAGAUGGUGCGCCAGGCGAGACGUUUGGGCCAGGCGACCGCCCAACUCAUCCAGAGCAUCAAGGGCGAGGCGGAGAAGCUGCCCGACUCGGAGGUGCAGCGCCGCCUAUUGGCCGCCGCGAAGACCCUGGCCGACGCCACCGCCAAGAUGGUGGAGGCGGCGCGCAACUGCGCCAGCCGUCCGCACGACGUCGGCUGCCAGGACCGGCUGCGCAGGACGGCGGAGGAUUUGAGAGAUGUUACGGUGGUGGCGGCCACAACGCCUGCGCUGAGGGCCAAGCUGGUGGACAGGGUGAACGUGUGCGCGAAAAAGGCCGUUUCGUCGGCGACCCAGGGAAUGAUGGCCGCCCAAGCCAGUCACCCCCACAACACCAACGCCGUCACGAGAGAAACUCUCACGCAAGACACCUACGAGCUGUCAGAAACCAUCCCGCAGUUGGUCGAGUGCAUCAAGUUGAACGGCGCCGAUUCAGAGGAUACCAACAGCCAGGUGGAGCUGAUGUACAUCGCCGAGGUGUUCCUGCACCCGGCCACGCAGUUCGUGCAGUCCGCCCGAUCGGCGCUGCCCACGCUGACCGACCACUCGAUCAGGGAGCAGGUGGCGCAGACCAGCCGACAGCUAAACGCCGAUCUGGGCGAGCUGCACGGCGCCAUCGGGCGCGCCAAGCCGGCCUGCCAGGGCCUGGGGGUGGACGCUGCGCGGCAGCUGAUCGACGAUCUGCGGGAGGAGCUCGACGAGUUCCAACGAGCGGUCGACGCGCACAGGCUGAGACCGUUGCCCGAAGAUACACCCGAAAGAGCCGCUCAACAACUGGCCACAAGUAGCAAACUAGUCAACCAGGGCGUGUCUCAGCUCCUGAGCGCCACCGCCCAAGGCAACGAGAUGUACACCUCGCAAGCCGCCCGAGACACCGCCCACAGUCUCAAGAACCUCACCGGGGCAGUGCGAUCGGUCGCAGCCACCUCAGACAACAUCGAUGUGCAAAGAAAGAUCAUCAGCAAGGGCCAAGAAGUGCUCGCGCACUCUGCCCUGCUAGUGUCCGAAGCCCAAAAGAGCUUGCAAACUGUCAGCUUGACGCCAGGGCUGCAGAAAGCUGCCAAAGAUAUUUCACAGGCCCUGAACGCCACCAUGGGGUGCCUGCCCGGACAAAGGGAUGUCGAUACAGCCAUCACCAACAUAAUCGAAUGGUCUUCUACGAUCAACACCAGUAACUUACCGCAGACGCAGAAGAGCUAUGGUAAGCUCCAACAGGAGCUGAACGCUGCCGCUGCGAACUUGAACGAAGCUAGUUCCAGCGUGGUACAAUCGGUGGGCAGCUCGGUGCAGCUAGCGGGAACCUCGAGGGAGUUCGCCACCGCCUACCAAGAUUUGUUAACAGUGUCCUUGGAGAUGGCGGGGCAGACGCCCGAUGUUAGCGUCAGAGGCGAGAUGGUGCACUCUCUGAAGAACGUAUCGACGACUUCGAGCGCUCUGCUGACCACCGCCAAGUCUCUGUCUGCGGAUCCGAAGCUGCCCAACGGGAAGAAUCAGCUGGCUGCAGCAGCGAGGGCGGUCACCGACAGCAUCAACUUCUUGGUUGACGUUUGCACUUCAGCUGCGCCAGGACAGAACGAGUGCGACAAUGCCAUCAGGAAGAUCAGGGCCAUGGGGUACUUGCUGGACAAUCCUACCGAGCCGAUUAAUGACAGUUCUUAUUACGAGGCGCUCGAUGCUGUUAUUGAGAAGAAUAAGGCCCUGGGAGAGGGGAUUUCGGGUAUUACGGCCAGUGCGAAGGCUUCAGAGCACGAGAAGUUCACGGAGCACGUCAAUAGUUUCAGCAAUGCUAUCUGUUCGUUGAUCGAGACGUCGGCGCAAACUGCUUAUUUGAUCGGCGUUUCGGACCCGUCGAGCAUCGCCGGCCGCCCCGGGCUGGUCGACCAGGCGCAGUUCGCCCGCGCCUCGCAGGCCAUCCGGCAGGGCUGCGCCGCCCUCGCGGCCCCCUCCAGUCCGCAGAAGCAGGUGCUCGAGGCGGCGACGCUGAUCGCGAAGCACACGAGCGCCCUCUGCAACUCGUGCCGGUCGGCCAGCGCGAAGACGGCCAAUCCGGUGGCGAAGCGGCAGUUCGUGCAGAGCGCGAAGGCGGUGGCCAAUAGCACGGCAGCGCUGGUGAAGGAGAUCAAGGCGCUGGACGCGUGCUAUUCGGAGGAGAAUAGGGGGAGGUGCGCGGAGGCGACCAGGCCGCUGCUAGAUGCCGUCGACAACCUCUGUGUCUACGCGAGUUCCAGCGAGUUCGCCACCGUACCUGCCAAGAUACCGGUGCAGGCUAGACAGGCGCAGCAGCCCGUCAUCGAGUCGGGUCGACGGCUCAUAGACAGCGCGUGCGCCGUCAUCGCCUGCACGAAGAACCUCAUCGUGAUGCCUGGAGAUCCGUCGACCUGGCAACAGUUCUCGGCCAGCUCCAAGAAUGUCUCGGACUCCAUCAAACAGCUGGUCAUCAACAUAAAGAAUGAGGCACCAGGAAGAAACGAGUGUGAGAGCGCUGCUCUGAUCAUCAAGCAUCACCUGAAAACUUUGGACGCUGCCUAUAUGGAUGCAGUGUCGCAAUCAUUGCCUCCCCAAAAAUCAGCCACCCUUCCCAUCUUCAGUCAACAAGUGGCGAGGUCUGCUGCCGGAUUGUUCGACACCAUCGAACCUUUAAGGCAUGCCGCAAAAUAUGAAGCAGAAAAUAUAGGUCACGCCGUCAACCAAAUGGUGCAGUACUUCGAGCCGCUGGUGGAUAGCACCAUCGGAGCCGCCUCCAACAUGACCAAUUCCAAGCAGCAGGAGCAGUUGCUGGACCAGGCGAAGUCGAUAGCCGAGUCCACGUUGCAGUUCAUCUAUGCCGCCAAAGAUUGCGGCGGCAAUCCCAAGGCCGUCAACAUCCACCCUGAUAUCGACGAGUGCGCCAAUUCCACCCGAGACACCGUACAAGAUCUGGUGACCAGCCUCGAGCACAUCUCGACGCAAAGCGGCAUCGUGUCGGGCGUGGUGGAGAACCUGACGCGGUCGAUAGCCCGGCUGUCUGACAACCGCUCGUCGCUGAUCGUGUCCGACUCCGAUAUGGGCUACGUCGACUACCAGACGCGCAUGGUGCAGUGCGCCAAGGACGUGGCUAAGAUGGCCGGCGAGAUAUCGACCAAGGCCGCCACCGAUACGCAGAAGGUGGCGCAGCUGGCAGCCGAUCUGUCGCACAGGUACGCCCAGCUGGCGGCGGACAGCAUCGGGGCGGCCGCCUCCUCCACCAACAGCGAGGUGGCUGUGCGACUCAGGGAGGUCGUUCAGCAGCUGGGCGGCGCAUGCGUCGACCUCGUGCACGUCAGCGGGCAGUGUCUCGUACGCAAAGACGACAUCGUGCUGCGCGAAGUGGGCGAAUGCUCGCGCAACGUGUGCGAGAAGGUGUCCAGGGUGCUGGCGACGCUGCAGUCUGGAUCGAGGGGCACGCAGGCGUGCAUCAACGCCGCCUCGACCGUCUCGGGCAUCAUCGGUGACCUCGAGACCACCAUCAUGUUCGCGACGGCGGGCAAUUUGAACUCGGAGAGCGAGCACGAGUCGUUCGCCGAUCAUAGAGAGAACAUCCUGAAAACGGCCAAGGCGCUGGUCGAGGACACGAAGACGCUGGUCGCCGGGGCUGCAGCUUCGCAGGAGCAGCUGGCCGUAGCCGCGCAGAAUUCGGUCGAGACAAUCGUCCAACUCGCCGAGGUAGUGAAAUUCGGCGCGGCCAGCCUGGGAUCUGACAACCCCGACUCGCAAGUCAUGCUGAUCAACGCCGUGCGCGACGUUGCCAGCGCUCUCGGCGACCUCAUCCACGCCACCAAGGCCGCUAGCGGCAAGCCGAUCAACGAUCCCGCGAUGGGCCAUUUGAAGGACAGCGCUAAGGUUAUGGUGACGAAUGUGACGAGUUUGUUGAAAACCGUGAAGGCAGUGGAAGAUGAACAUACGCGAGGUACCAGGGCUUUAGAAUCUACCAUCGAAGCCAUUGGACAAGAAAUGAGGGCUUUGUAUUCGAGCGACGGCUGCCGACAAGGCGUGACCCCCGAGGACCUGAUCCGCUGCACUAAAUCCAUAACGAACGCCACUGCUAAAUGCGUUUCAGCAGGAAUCAGCAACAAGCAGGACGACAUCAUAGCGGCGGCCAACCUGUCGCGCAAGUCCAUCUCGGACAUGCUGGCCAUAUGCAGGGGCGCAGCUUGCGACCUCGCGGAGACCGAGGAGCUUCGGCGAGAGACCCUGAACACCGGCCACGACUGCGCGAAGCAGUUCAGAGAGUUGCUGAUGCUGGUGCUGCAAGGCAACGGCUCGGUGGACGGCAAGCAGACGCUGUCUCUGGUAUCCAGGAAGAUCGCGCAGAGCGUCACCGACUUGCUCAGCAUAGCUAAGAAGCUGAAAGGUUCCGACUGGGUAGAUCCUGACGAUCCUACUGUGAUAGCGGAGAACGAACUUUUAGGAGCUGCAGCUUCCAUCGAUGCUGCUGCUAAGAAGCUCGCUAGUCUUAGACCCAGACAAAACAUUAAGACGCAGGACCUGGACGAGUCGCUGAACUUCGACGAGAUGAUCCUGGAGGCGGCCAAGUCGAUAGCGGCGGCGACGUCGGCGCUGGUGCGGGCCGCGGGCGCCGCCCAAAGGGAGCUCAUCGACACGGGCAAGGUGGCGGGCGCGCCCGCCUCAUCUUCGGACGACGGGCAGUGGUCGGAGGGGCUGAUCUCGGCGGCGAGGCUGGUGGCCGCUGCCACGCACAGUCUGGUCGAGAGCGCUAAUGCGCUGGUACAAGGCUUGGGCAGCGAGGACAAGCUGAUAGCGGCCGCCAAGCAGGUGGCCAGCUCGACGGCGCAGCUACUGGUCGCUUGUAAGGUCAAAGCCGAGGGAGAUACGGAGGCUACCAGAAGGCUGCACGCCGCCGGCAACGCCGUCAUCCGGUCCACGGACAACCUGGUGCGGGCGGCGCAGCGGGCCAAGAGCGAGGAGGAGGACAGAUACCUGGUGCUGAACAAGCGGAUGGUGGGCGGGAUAGCGCAGGAGUUCGACGCGAUAUCGGACAUAUGUAGAAUAGAACGAGAACUGAAGGAAGCUCAGAACAAACUGAGCGCCAUUCGCCAGGCAAAGUACAAGCUGAAGGGCUACAACACUUCAGGAGAUGAAACUGACGGAUACGUCAGCUCCGUACAAGAAUUCGAUACUAUGAGGAGCACCAGGGGAUACGAUUCGUCGCACUCGCAAUCCAGCCCGCAGCAGAAAUACUACUCCGACACCUACUCCCACCUAGAGAGCCCUCAAAAAGUCAACUCUUUAGAGCACAACAAGACCAACCUCAGACCGCACACCAACAACUCGAUAUACGAUCACAUCGACCACUCGCCCACCUACAACCCCUACUCGCAAAACUCCAUUUUCUCCCCCAACGACACCUACUCCCAACCGUACGACAAACACUAUUCGGACGGGUACUCCAGCUCCGAAUACGUCACCAACACCAUCAAAACCCCCGAAGGUUACAAAUCCAACGCGUUCAAGUACGAGAACUACCACUCCACUCCCCAACCCACCUACUCUUCCAGUAGCGAGAAGUAUUACUCGAGCUUGCCGGCUGUCAUAUCUCCUUUGGAGAAGAAGAGCUUCGAGACUUUUACUAAUGGCGACACCCAAUACCAGUCGUCUUUCGCUACGAACGUGGAGUAUAUCAACGAAGCUCCCGUGUUGAAGGACGAGGAGACGCUGGAGCAGCGGAUGCUCAAGAAGUCCGUGACGCAGCAGAUCAUCGAGAAGAAGACCGUUUCGAUGACGAGAAGUAGCAAGCAGGAGUCGUCGACUAAGAGUUUUAGGUUCGAGUGA